AUGGAGUCAUUCACUGAUGUGAAUGUAGAAUGGAGUGAUGUUCCGGAAUUCAACCAUGAUUCUCCUGAUUCUCCUGAUGAUGUUGACUCUGAUGGUGAAGAUAGAAGAGAGCGUAACGAUUACAACAUCGAAAAGGAAGCCAUGAGCUUUGUUGAUGAACCUCAAGUGAAACAUAACUUAGUGGUGAAUCUUCUCAGCCUGAAGCCUCCCAAGGUGCUACUGGCUCUCAAGUUACUUAGCCAAGGAAGUGACGCAUGGAAAGAAGAGAAGAUGGAUGUGAAGGAGUGA